CAUAAUCCAAAAGUUGAACAAUCACAACAAACUCCAAAUACCCCCAAUCACACGCCAAUGGCGCAAAUCUAGCAACAACCCUCCACUCCCACCCAACAACUCAUCUCUACCGCCACUUUCUCUCUCCUUAGCAACAAUGGCGGGCACACCAAAAUCCCACCACCACCACCUAACUCGCAAACUUCUCACCAAAAAAACCACCAUCUCCCUCCUCCUUAUUUUCCUCUUCAACUUCAUCUUCUUCACUUACUACUCGCACCACUACCCUUCUCUCUCCUCCUUCAAUCUCCACCGCAACCGCCGCCUCCACGUCACCCACUCCCUAGAACCACCGCAACUUUCUUUUGCCUCCGCCUCAAAGCCCUGGCCCAUCCUCCCUUCCUACCUCCCGUGGACCACACCUUCACCUUUUCUCUCCUCCUGUGAGGGUUUCUUCGGUAAUGGGUUCAACAAAACCUCCACUAUCCUCCCUCGGGCUUCCUCCUUCGCCGCCAACGGGAACUCCUCGUGGUUCCGGUGUCACUUCAGUGGGACGCUCCGGAGCUCCAUUUGUGAGGGCGGGCGGGUCAUGAUGGAUCCGAGUAAGAUCCGGAUGUCGAUCGGAGGAGAGAGAAUUGAGGAGGUGAUCGGACGGUCAGAUGAGGAGGAGCUUCCUGUUUUUGAAGACGGCGCGUUUCGGUUGAGGCGAAACGGGGUGGGGAGGAAACGACCAGUGGGAAAGAAACAGCCAGUGAAGGCCGUUUCGAAGAAGUUUCUUGAUGAAAACGUUGAUGAAGGAGAGAUUAUGAAGCAUACGAUGAGAGAAUUGUUUCAGUCUAUGGAGUUGGUUGAAGAUGAUGCUGAUUUUCAAUGCUCUGAGUGGAUUGAGGAGCCAACAUUAUUGCUGACGCGGUUUGAGUAUGCUAAUGUAUUUCACACAUAUACAGAUUGGUAUAGUGCGUAUGUUAGCUCUAGGGUUACUGGCUUGCCAACACGGCCGCAUGUGGUUUUUGUUGAUGGUCACAGCAAGACACAAUUGGAAGAAACAUGGGAAGCACUAUUUUCAAGUAUUAGGUUUGCUAAAAACUUCACUGGUCCAGUCUGCUUUCGUCAUGCUGUCUUUGUACCUUUGGGAUAUGAGACAGCCUGGUUUAAGGGUCUCAGCCAACAUAUUGAUUGUCGCGGGGCUUCUGCGAAAACCCUGUGGGCAAAUCCUGAUGAUCGCAAAACUGCACGACUAUCAGAAUUUGGGGAGAUGAUAAAGGCAGCUUUUGACUUUCCUGUGGAUAGCCCCAAAAGACUGAAGCCAUCUUCAGAACAUAAUGUACUUUUCGUUCGGCGUGAAGAUUAUGUGGCACAUCCACGUCAUGGUGGUAAAGUUGAAUCCAGGCUCAGCAAUGAACAAGAAGUGUUUGAUUCAUUGAAGGCAUGGGCUUCUAAUUAUUCUCAAUGUAGUGUAAAUCUCAUAAAUGGGUUGUUUGGUCACAUGCCUAUGAGAGAACAAGUCCGAGCUAUUGAGGAUGCAUCAGUGAUUAUUGGAGCUCAUGGGGCAGGUCUGACUCACGUAGUAUCAGCAUUACCAGAAACCGUAAUUCUUGAAAUUAUUAGCAGCCAGUUUCGGCGUCCCCAUUUCCAAUUGAUCUCCCAGUGGAAAGGUUUGAAUUACCAUGCCAUUAAUCUCUCUGGAUCUUCUGCUAAUCCAGCCAAAGUUGUUGAGCGGCUUAAAAGGAUCAUGAAAAGCAUCGGAUGCUGAAGUACACUGUAUAUUGUUAUCAGACUUACCACAAUUCUUUUCUGCAUAGCUAAGAAAAUCUGAAUGGCCUGCCAUGUAUGUAUCUGGAGUUUCCUUUCAGCUCUUGACAGCUUAUACGACCAUCCAAAUGUUACUUCAACUGUGCUUUUUCUAGGACAUCAAUUGAAGGAACAUAGUCAGGUUUGAAGAAUUCUGGGUGUGGUGAUUGGUGACUGACAAUUCAAGGAUGUGGCUUCCUGAGUAUUUUUUUUAUUAACGGAGUGAGUAAUUUUUCUGUGAGUUCUUCUUCCUCAGGCGGUUCUAUGCAAGGUUAGGUUAGGACUUGGGAGUAACAUUAAUUACCUGAUCAGUGUGUACUAUUAUUUUAUAUCACCAUUUUCAUCUCAGGUUGUGGGUAGGCCUUUGUGUAGUUCGGAUUUCAUCCCUAACUUUUGUACCCUUUGAAACCAUGAUAUUCUGUGUACAGUUAAAAUUCUGAAUAUGGUGGAUGAUCCACUUGAAUGAAUAUGAAAUACCUAGAAGUUUACCUGUCA